AUGGCAGCGCCAUGGACAAACCUUGGCCUCCAUCACCCCUCGGCCGGCGAGGACAAGAUCGUCGCUGGCGUCUACAGCGAGACGAGAUCGUCGGCCGGCUUCAGCUACGCCCGGUAUCCCUCGACCGUCACGUCCUCGGCGCCCCUCAUCCAGCAUCCUCCUCCUCUACUCUCGCCGCCUCUGCCCUCGCACUCGGGGCCCUCGACACCCAUCGUCAGCCCCCGAGCGGGCUUCCAGUCGCCCAACAGUCCCGCGAGCCCCGGGUUUCCUCUCAGUCCGUUUUACCCUCCGAGUCCGGGACCGCUGCAGAGGGGUCAGUUUCCCACGUCGCCUAGCAGCGAUGGCUUUGCUUCCUCGCCGAGAAUGUCCGGCAUGACGGACCCGAGACUCGUGAGGGCUUCGAACCACAUGGACGCCCUCCUCGAGACGCCUUACUACGACACCCCGCCCAACACUGCUGGAGCGCACGGUGAGACCAACUUUAGACACGCCGAUGUGCCGGAGCCGACCGAGGUUCCGCUGAGAGACGGAUGGAGGCCCAAGUGGCUGCGACGGAGGGUGGUUGCUGUAUUCACAGGGACCUCUAUAAUGCUAGCCGUGGUUGGCGAGGUUGUUAUGUGGCUGCUGUCGAGGGAUGACGUCGAGAGCAACAUCAGGGGCGUGUGGACAUUUGGACCUGUAGUAGUUAUCUCUAUCAUGGCCAUGCUAUGGUCCCGCGUCGAAGCUCAGGCACUACUCUACACGCCCUGGAUGAUACUCGAUCACCGUCCUACCAGCGUCGACGAGACACGCCGCAAGCAGGCUCACCGAACUAUUCUCCUCGAUUACCCAAGCCUGGGAAGCUUCCAGGCCUUGACCAAGGGCUUUCGAAACCGCCAUCACCUUGUCGUCGCAUCCAUCGCCGUCAAGCUCCUUCUUCGUGUUCAGAUUGUCCUUUCCACUGCCGUCUUCCACGCCGAGAUCCUCGUUGAUGGCACCACUCUUCUCCGAGCCCGUAUGGGCAUCCUCCACGCAAUGGUCGGCGUCUUCCUCAUUCUCUCGGGCAUUCUCCUCCCUAUGCUCUACCACGCUCCCUCAUCGCGGGGUAUUGCACCUCGAGAUCCUACGUCUCCUGCUGGCACGGCUGCCCUUCUAGCCAGCAGCCAACAGUUCCUGGCACGGUUAACUGGCACAGGUAAUGCGGACAUGGAAACAGUUGCAGCUCGACUAGCGGGCUCAUGGUACACGACUGAACUCCGACAGCCUGGACGAAAGCCAGAAAAGAUGUUUCAACUGCGACAGCUCAGCGGAGGAAACGGCUCUUUCAAUACUGAAAGCCCAGGAGGUUCUAAUGAGACGAUGGGGAUAUAUCGGCCGUGGACUCAGCGGGCCCGGACUCAGGUCACCAGCGUCUCCGUUUCGAUUGGACUUCUCGCCGGUAUUUGCGUCAUCUUUAGCCUCAGGGGCAGCAGGGAAGGACUCGAGUUCUCAGACAACGUCUUUAUCCUGUGGACAUGUCUUCCUACGCUUAUCUUUGUCGCCAUCGCCGUCUUCUGGACACGCAUCGACAUUGACCGACGACGACUCGCUCCCUUCCUCAAGCUAACCGUCGCCAAGUGCCGCUUCCAGGAGUCGCUUGGACUCACCUACAUGAACGAGUUUGGCCUCCGGAGUGCAGGAAAGGCCAUCAAGCACCAGGACUGGGCCGUGUUCCUAGCAAAAAGCACUGCAAUGCUGGGCUGGCUGAUGCCCAUCUUCACUGCAGGUCUCUUCGCCAUCACCCAGAUCCCACAGACAGCCAAGCUUCAACUCCAGCCCCAGACCGAGUUCAAGUCGACGACAAAGUCUCUCAGCACCGCCAUCGACACUGCCGUUGUCAACCAGGUCCUGCUUCAGGAGACGCCCAAGUACCCGAAGUGGACCUGGGAGGACGUCGCAUUUCCUGAAGUCACCCUCGCCGAUCAUCCUAAUCAAUGGCCACUACCGAACACGCAGCUUAUCAGCAAUGUGCCUGCGCUCAGGGCUGCCCUCACCUGCGAGACGCUCACCUUGACGGGAAGUCAAGGGUCAAAGUGGGAGUGUGUUCCUGUGGCUGGCACAAAGAAGCAGCCCAUCUGCAAAGGGGAUCAGGCUUACACAGCGCUCGUAGCUUCGUCUUGCGCGCAGCUUACAUCCAAGUUCUCGCUUAACUACGUCUGGGGCAGCUGCGAUAGCGAAGGCAUGAUCUCAGUGCUGCUGUGCAACCAGACAAUCAUGGAGGUCGACGUCCACACCACGUUCCACACCGAGGAUCUCCGCAUCGACACCAACGCCAUCCCUAUCAUCAACACGACCAGUCAGCGACCUUCAGACGUUGAGGCCGACAUCACCAGCGUAUAUGGUGCCCUCGACGACGUCGGCACUGAUGAUAACAAGCUCGAGGGCUUGGAUAGCUUCUUCCGUACGCUGGUGCUUUCGAGGGUGGAAAUGUCUCUGGAGCGAUUGGUAUUGCCAGAGAGGCAGAAUGCCGUGUCACAGGCUAUUCGACUGCAACAUGGAAUCCUUGGCGCGCAGGCUCUUAAUAGCGACAUGAUGCGACGACCACUGUCAUCCAAACGAGCUCGAGCAGACGACUCUAUACCGGCGUCUAUCGACUACUACAUCUCUCGUCUGACGCAGUCUAGCGUUCAGACGUACGUCCUCGCCGGCCUCCUAGCCGUGACAUUCAUUUUUGGCCUGCUAUCCCUCCGCACGGCACCACGAGGCGCACCGCUGCCCAAGAGCCCCGGCAGUAUCGCAGCGCAGGCCAGUCUCCUCGCCGACUCAACGUUAUGGUGGCGACUACCAGAUGGUGCCGAGUGGAUGUCAGAUGAAGACCUUGCACGAUGUCUCCGACGCAAGACGUUCCAACUCGGCUGGAACAAGAGCGGUACAGGAGGUCGGAGCUAUGGCAUAGGAGUUGUGCAGGACGAGGGCAAGGUAGCAAGACCAGCUGUAGUAUCUGAUGUCUCGGCAGGUGGCAGCAGUGGAGGGUUAGUUGCCGGAAGAUACAUUAGCAUGGCGCCUGGGGUGUAUAGCUAUGGAGAUAUUCCGCUGUACGAGAAGACGUGA